UGGGUGGAAAGAUGAAGAUGAACUCCGGCGGCGGACAGAGCUCGAAACCGGAUCGGAAAACCAUCGAGAGGAGGCGCAGAAAUGACAUGAAAACUUUGUGUUUUAAGCUCACCUCUCUUAUUCCUCAUCACAUCUUCAAACCCUCCAAGGAAACUGUAUCACAGCAAGACCAGCUUCAUCUUGCAGCUACAUACAUAGCACGCUUGAGAGAAAGGGUAGAGAAACUAAAGAAGACGAAAGAAGAAGCGAUGAAGUCGGUCGAACCAAACGGUAGCAUAAUGGAGGCGGCGGCUGCUCCGGUCGGUUUAAGUUCGCCCGUGGUUGAACUAAGGGAUUUGGGUUCCAGCAUUGAAUUGGUUUUGAUAACCGGAUUGAAUAGAAACUUCAUGCUAUAUCAAGUUAUCAGCAUUCUUGAACAAGAAGGGGCUGAAGUAGUAAGUGCAAGCUUUUCCACUUUAGGUGGCAAGAUUUUUCAUUCUAUUCAUGCUCAGGCUAAACUUUCUAGAGUUGGUGUAGAGACAACAAGGGCCAGUCAGAGACUGCAAGAACUGAUUAGAUAUCACUGA